CUCGAGGAGUGGGGGUGAUGCAGACGAGCCCCGCCAACUGGUGGCAGCUAGACACUAAUGUGACGGUGAGUGGGACAGCACGAGGCGGAUGCGUACGCGCGUACAAGAAGUGCUGGAGUGCUUGUGUGUGUUGGCGUGUCACUCUCACAAUCACCCACACAGGUCGAUUUUAGCAACCCUCGUGGAUGGGACAAGAUUGGUGUGCCAUUCAAGGCGGGGAACGAGGCAGAGGGGGCUGCCACCGGUCAGCCAGCCGACGAACUCACUCACUCACCGCGCCUGCGACCCUUUCCCUCUGCUCUGUCCACUCACUCACUGUUCAGGUUGCCAUUUGACCAACAGCAAGGAGUCGUGGCCGAUGAGCAGGUGCUGGGAGCGGCGGGGCGAGUACUACCCCAUGACGGUCAGGCUGACCGUGCUGGCCACCCCUCUGGGCCACAACCAUCGGGGGCUGGACAUCCAGGAGUUCGCCGAGGACGGAGUGCUGCCAGACAACCAGACGAUUCUCAUCAUGGACGACACCGUCACCAUGACGGAAGAAUAUGAAUCCAGCGGUGAGUAGAAUCAUGUGGGUGCUUAUUGACGACGUCGAUCUGCGUGUGUCGAUCGCUCGAUGGAUUGAUGGAUGUGUCAGGUUCGUUCUUUGAGUUCGUGGAGCUUGAGCAGUAUGGCAGCAACGCCACGCGAGGCCAUGUGACGCUGCCGAAGACCUGGCCCGACAACUUCAUGUCGCCACUCGACUACUUCCACGGACUGUGGCACUUCAGAUUCGAAAUACUCGGUCAGUGGAGCCCAGAGCACUCCUUCAGCACUCGCAUGAAUGUGCGUUUGUGUGCCCCUCUGUUGUGUCUCUCAGAGCAGCCGUCCAUGGCCCCCACCAAGCUCCAGUUCUGCAUCUGGGACCUCGUGCCACACGAAGCCGAGACAUGCACCCGACACGUCACCAUCGACGGACCGCAGAACGUCUCAUACGGAUACGAGCCCGGCACUGCCAAGACCAUCCAUGACGGCAAGAACGAGACGAUCGUGAGAAGGACCCAGGGCAAGCCGGUCAAGGCCCAGAACCGCGUGGUUGCGGAGAACAGCGUUGUGACCGAGAACAGAAUCCAGGCCGAGAACAGUAUCGUUGCCGAGAACAACAAUGCGCAGCCUGAGGCUGAGGUGCAAGAAGGGGACGACAACGCCGCGGCGAUGGCCAUCGGCGCCGACAGGGGGGUUUUCCAGAACCUCGACGGCGGCUUGAGCCCCUUCGCGGCGGACGCCGAGAUGGAGGGGGAGAUCCAGACACUGAUCGAGGGCAUGACAUUGGAGGAGAAGAUCGGUCAGAUGAUCAUGCUGCACCACGGCCCCGGUGCACAGGGACCGCCGGGCAGCGUGGGCGAGAACUACCUGACAUUUGAGAUGCUGCGCGACUUCAACAUUGGGCUGCUCAAGAACCGCGUCAAGAGCAACGACCCACGUGACUGGGUCGACAGAGCUGAGGCGCUGCAGGGACGAUUCUGGGACACAAGUGAGUCGGCCUGCCCUCAUCCAUCCGUGCAUCCAACGGCAUCUGCGCAUUGUGUGUUGCACGUCAGAUACGUCUGUGAGCUUCAAGGGCAUUCCGGCGUUGUGGUUUGUGGAGGCGUCCCACGGGUUCAGUGCGAGUGCCUGGGGCACCAUCAUGCCUCACAACAUCGGCCUGGGAUGCGCAAAUGACCUAGGACUCAUGGAGAGAAUCGGUGAGUGGUUGACUAGUGGUGCACACAUACAUCGGUCACCUUGUUCCCGUCUCCCUUUCUGUGAGCAGGCAACGUGACGGCUCGUGAGGUGUCAGCGACUGGUUUGGAUGCGACGGUUUCGGUGUCUGUGACGGUGCCGCGGAACAACCGGUGGGGCCGGGUGUACGAGGGCUUCAGCCAAGACCCGCAGACCACUGCAGAACUUGCACACUACCUCAUUAAAGGCCUGCAGGUAGAUCGAUAGAUGCACAGCUUCCCACACACUAUGUGGAUAUCACCAACGUGUCUUUUUGUGUUAAGGGGGAGCCUGGGGAGACAGAUGGCCCUUUGCAGUUCCUGGGCCCUGGCAAGGUGGUGGCAUCGGCCAAGCAUUUCAUUGGUGACGGCGCGACCGAGUUCGGCAUAGAUGGGGGCGACACAGUGCUGGAGCAAGAAGAGCUGAUUGCACACCAGGGUGCGACUGCAGCCACACACACCCACCGCACCGCACUGUUCGACGGAUGUGUGUGUGUGUGUGUGUCAGGUUUGCCGUACAAGGCAGCGAUUCAGGCUGGUGUGCAGGUGAUGCUGGUGACCAAGGGCAUGGUCAACGGGGAGUACGUCCACGGCUCCCAUGCUCUGCUGACCGACCUGCUCAAGGACCAGUGGGGCUUCGACGGCUUCCUCUACUCGGACAGAUUCGGAUACACCAACCUCAACGGAUGCGCCGUCGACAACUGCCCCACCGCAAUCAAUGCCGGCAUCGACGCCUUCAUGAUCCCAUUCUGGUGGAACGGCGUGGCCAUGAUCACAAACACCGCCACGCAGGUGCGCGACGGCGUCAUUAGCGAAGACCGCAUCGACGACGCCGUGAGGCGGAUCCUACGCGUCAAGUGGCGCAACAGGAUGCUGCGCCAGCAGCCAAACCGCAGACAACCGCCAUCUGCCCGCAGCGGCGUGGGCAAGGCGCGGGAGACCCCAGGCGGCGUGGGCAGCCUCGAGCACCGGUACGUUGCGCAGGAGGCCGUGCGCAAGUCGAUGAUCUUGCUCAAGAACAAGAACAGCGUGCUGCCGAUGAGGAAGAAGUCCAAGGUGCUGGUGACGGGCAACGGUGCGGACAGCAUGGUGCGGCAGUGCGGCAGCUGGACGGUGACGUGGCAGGGGCACGUUGAGGAGCAUCAGGGGCUGCAGGGUCAUGACACACGGAGCAUCACUGGAUCGGACGACUACCCCCCCACCUUCACGGACGACCUGCUACCCAAUCAGUGGUUCCAAGCCAACGGCGCCACGACCAUCAAAGAAGGACUCACAUAUAUGUCUUCCCCUGACAACGGUCAGCCCCACACCUCACACACACAGACAGAGAUGCGCAUGCCCCCUUCUCCCCAUCUGUCUGCAUUGAAUUGCAUUUCAGGCACGAUUGUCUUCAGCCGCAAUGCCAGCGCCAUCGACGAUUCGUUUGACUACGCUGUGGUCGUUCUGGGCGAGGAGCCUUUCGCCGAGUGGACGGGCGACGUCCACUGGCCAAAACCGCUCUCAUACGAGUUCACUGACGAGGGUACGUAAGGAAAGAACGCACCGAACAAACCGCAGAGACAGAGACAGUCGUCUGCGACGUCUGCGUGUGUCUAUCUGGGGACAGGGAAAGUCAACGUGGCGCUGCUGAACACAAUCAAGGAGCAGGCGACCAAGGUGCCGCUCAUAGUGGUGCUGCUGACCGGCCGGCCGCAGUACGUCAACCCCCAGAUCAACACGGCAGAUGCAUUCGUCGUCGCAUGGCUGCCUGGUGACCCAGUCGAGCCGAACCCAUCCACUCACGCACCUCACCUGUCUGUCCACGUGUCUGCAUGUCUGUCUGUGUCCUGCAGGUUCGGAGGGAGUGGGUGUGGCGCAGGUGCUGUACGGCGAUUACGACUUCCAUGGUCGCUUGUCUUUUGGGUGGCCGCUCCACGGCUGCCUGGACGGUGAGCCGGCCAAGUUCGAGACGCCCUACCCCUUGGGUUACCGGCACACCUACGCCGACGGGCCGCUGGACGUCAUGCUGCGCGAGUGCAGUGUCGAAGAGUGCAGCGAUAUCGAGGACGGAUGCAUUGACUUCAGAAUGAUCAAAGGUAGGCACAGGAACGCUCUGUUUAUGCCAACAGACAUGGGAUGGGUUCGAUCCGUCUCUGUGUGUUUUGUCCGUGUAUGUGUUUAGACGAUUCUGUGACCGACAACACCAACAGUACGAUCAAGCCCGGCAACAGCACCACCAGAGAGAGCCGCGAGUCGCCCACCCUCACCACCAUCACCAACGAGACCGGCCUUCUGGGGCCAAACGACACACUCGUCGACCUCAUUAAGCGGGAAGCUGACGAUCAGGGGAGCUCCAGUGAGCGUCAGGAGGGGGACGGCACCGUCGAGGCGCAGUCCUACUUGCGGAUUGGCGACUGGAUGUCUGACGACAAGGUGCUCACCCUCAGAAUCGAAAACUGGAACCUGGCCAUGUUCGACGCACCGGUAGGCUGGGAGGGAGGGGGAGAGUUGUUCAAGGGGAGAGACAUUCGUCCCUGUCUGGGUGUGGUGUUUGUCUGUGUGCAGGAGGGGAGGGAUAGGGUCACGGCGCUGUUGGCUGAGCUGACGGGAUCCUCUUACGAUGCCAUCCAGAUCCUCCACGCACAGGAGGGGUCGCUCAUACUCAUAUUCCGGUCGGUACCAAACGCAGAGAGACGCAUACACGGAUAAUAAGUACAUCCUUACUUCUUCUUUUUUUCUUUGCCUUUGCCUUAGGGUGUUGAACGAGACGGUGGAUGCGGUGUUCCGGUCCGAGUAUCUGGACAGGGUGCAGCAGUACGCCGCCUUCAAAGACCAGGACGUCGCACUCGACCCCUUCUUCAGCACCUCCAUGCCCAUGAGCGACGUCCCAAAGCGAUUCCGCGUCACGGACCCCGACCCACAGCACCUUGUCAAACUGCCCGACAAGGAUCGUAGCACCACCAUCAGCAACGAGACCGAAGAUGCCAACGACACGACGGCUGUUGGUGGUGGAGGAGGCGGGGGAGGUGGGGGCGGUCUUGUGAGUGAGAGCGAAGAUGAGAGUGAGAGUGUGCAAGAGAGGCAGCCGCCCACAGAAGAAGCAGCCCCCGCCAUCAAGACAGACGGCGCGCAGCAAGCCGAGCCCCCCAGCAACAGCAACAGCAACAGCCAGAGAGGAAGUGGAAGCAGCAGCAGGAGCAGUGACAGCCAGGUGCUGGUGGAGCGGGACUCCAAAAAGCCCGGCGACGAGACCUACACCCUUUUGGUGGCCUUGCUCUCCACCGGGCUGGUGCUGUUUGUGGGUGUGGGGAUCGCCAUGGCCUUCAUGUGGGGCCGCUAUCGGUCGGCCAUCGAGAAGUACGUGGCGGGGGCGGAGACGCGGGAUGGGUGCCGCACACAGCCCACCACACCUGACAUGAUCAACGACAUACACAGGGGGGGCGGGGGCGGAGAGGGCGGCAAGGUGGGGGGCAAGAGCAGGACAGUCUCGUUUCGGUGAGUCCGUGGGUGAGUGUGUCCGUGUUGGAAGACUUCUUCACUUCACGUGUGUGGGUUUUGUCGAUGGAUGGGUGGAUGGAUGGAUGGAUGCAUUCGCGGGCAGACAGGUC